AUGGCUGAGUCAAACUUUUCCAAAGCUGUCCUAGAGGAUAUUUGUUGUGGUCUUGGCUUGGCUACCGAAGGUGUUAAGGCCGACCUAGUUCAAAGAAUAAAGGAGUAUACACUUGACGAUGUUCGCAAACAACAGACUGAGUCAAAUGAGAAUAUGGAUGAUGAAAUGAAUAUAGAUGAACAGUUACCAGACUCACUCUCUGAGGGUUCAGGUACAUCAGCUCUAAACUUCCAAGCACGUUCUUGCGUGAGGAAGGCAGUGGUGGUAGAAACAGAUGAGCCUGGAGUUAGUCACCUAUAUGGUCAUGAGACCCAGAAUGUUGAUAACGUCAAUGUACAUGGGACAGAACAAGUAUCACAACAGAGUUCUAAUAAGCGUAAAGUUUUUGAAUUUGAGAAAGAUAGAGCUAAUAUUCUGGAAACCA